CCGACUCGGACGCCAACCAGCGAAUCGGAACGUAAAUUGCACUUGACACUGACAUUAAGUGACUGACGUUGUUGACAGUUCUUGUUCGGACCUUUACUGAAUUGCACGUCUGGCAACAAAAUAAUUCAGUAAAAUUUAUUGAAUUAACAAUCGAGCAUAUAUUUGGGGGUUUAGUGCUUUAAUUUAUUUCUGCUAUGCAGCUGAGUGUCGCCAUUCGUGGUUUUGACGGCCUGCCCUCGCUAUGCCCAGUACUAAGUACCAACAGCUGUCGCUAAAAGCUGACACGGAAGACGACGUAUUUACUACUAAACCGAAAGGAAAAUGGUCGGAUAUCUGUGUCCAAAAGAGCCUCCUAUCGCUGGGGCUCAUCCUAAUAUACUUCUCACUGUCCAUCGGCUUGACUUUCUAUCAGAGAUGGCUGUUAAAGGGAUUCAAUUUCCCGCUCACCGUGGUUAUGUACCACCUAAUCGUCAAAUGGAUCCUAUCCGUGGUCGUCCGUCUGAUCCGGUACCUCAUCACCAGAACGCCGCAGUUGCUGCUCCCUUUCAUGACCUGUCUGCGUUCCGUCGGGCCAACUGGCCUCGCUAGUGGCAUCGAUGUCGGCUUCUCCAACUGGGGACUGGAGCUGGUCACCAUAUCCCUGUACACGAUGACCAAGUCCACCACCAUCAUAUUCAUCCUUGGCUUCGCUAUCAUGCUGGGCCUGGAGAAGAAGUCCUGGUCGCUGGUCGGCAUAGUGCUGCUGAUUGCGGCUGGCCUGGUCAUGUUCACGUACAAGGCCACCCAGUUCAACCUCCUCGGCUUCAACUUCCUCCUCCUGGCGUCGUUCAUGGCGGGCAUGCGUUGGACGCUCGCGCAGCUUCUCAUGCAGAAGUCCAAGCUGGGGCUACACAACCCGGUGGACAUGGUGUUCCACGUGCAGCCGUGGAUGUUUGUCUCGUUGCUGCCCUUCAUGAUCAUGUUCGAAGGGCUGGAAUGCUUCAAGCACCUGCAUGAGCAGUUCCUGAACUCCCCGGAUGAGCUACUGCCGACUGUGCUCAAGGUGUCUGGCGGCGCCACCAUCGCUUUCGCCAUGGAGAUCAGCGAGUUCGUGGUGGUCACCUAUACUUCUAGUCUCACGCUGUCGAUUGCUGGCAUAUUUAAGGAGAUGUUCAUCCUGAUUCUCGCUGUAGAGGUGAGCGGAGACCAGCUCAGCACUAUCAACGUAGCCGGCCUGGCGCUGUGUCUCUUGGGCAUCAUCUGCCACAUAGUCCACAAGGUACUAGUCAUCAAAUCGGUCGCCGGCUCCGUCCGCGCUCUUGACACGGACGACUUCGAAACCAUCAAGCGGACCAGGUCGCCCGGACCGAAGCAAGGAGAGCUCGACGAGCCGCUGUUGGAGGAUCAGAAGUGGCAGCCCAGCGACGAAAGUGACGUCGACACCAACGUGGUUCUCUUCCAAGUUCUGCAGAGGAGGGACGGGCGCUAGGCACAAACGAGGGCUAUGGAGAUGCGAACUGACUUUUGGGGCAAAUACUGUAUCAAAUCUCUGUUCAUGGGUGUUUUAUGCAGUGUAAUGUAACGCAAAUACACUCGACAGCAAAUAAAUCGCACCUCGCGCGACAAGCACUUUCAAACGUAUGCAUCCCCACUUCCAACCAAUAUUGGCACCAUU